UCCAAAACAAGCCGCCACCCGCUUCGAUGACGUCACCGCCGACGAGCCACAUAAACAUCAACAGAGCUCAGCUGUUCGCGAGCUAACCGAAGCUAACUAGCCGGCCUAGUCCUUUAGAAAAAACAAAAAAACAAACCCCGUUUUUUAUAUUUAAUGUAUUUUAAAGCGUCUGCUCGGUCACUGGAACCUUCAGAGGAGAAGUUAAAUAUAUAAAAUGUCCAACAAAGCGCAGACAUGAAGUUUAAUUUCAGACUUCUUUUGUCUCCUCCAUGGUAGCUGCUGUUAGCCUGCUCGGACAUCAAGGAGUGUAUAGGAGAAACCGUGGAGCUGAAUGAAACACCCACCUGUCAAUCAAAGCGUCCACGCUCUUAAUCCUGCAUAACUUUAAGCCUUAAUAUAAUGUGAACAGAGACAUUUAUGGCAAAGCCGGACCACAAGACCACCCGGUGGAGAUCGUGACCAGCAUCGCUCCCUCACCUCGCCGUCAUGUCACCGCGAAAAAGACCUCUGGUCCCCGUGAGCAGCCGACGGAAAACAGCGGACGACUACUUUCCGUUCAACGUGCUGCCGGUGGAGUGUCAGCUGCACGUCUUCUCCUUCCUGAACGAGGUGGACAAAUGCAGCUGCGCUCUGGUUUGCCUGAGCUGGAGCUGCAUCAUCCGCUCCUGGAAGCUGUGGCGUGUGGCGGACUACUCCCGCCGCGGCGUCUUCCACCUGGGUCAGGAGGGGCUGCUCGUCUCCAACCGCGAGUUCGAGAGGUGGAAGUCCUGGGUCCACCACUACACCCACCACCUCAUCUCCCGCAGGGCCAGCCUGCUCACGCUGAAGGCCAGCUUCGACCUCGGGGAUCGCUGCAACAAGUGGGGCGAGCUGCUGAGCCACCUGCUGGAUAACGUCCACUGCAGAGACCUCAGCCACCUGGACCUGAACUGGUCCUUUACGCUUCUGGAGCCGCUCGACCUGAGGAUCCACUCCAGCUCCAGUUCACACCGAGACAGCAUCACCAAGAUGGAUCAGUUGAACAGUUUCCAGGAGCUGCUGACCAAACUCACCCACAGAUGCCCGCGCAUCGCCAAGAUGCGUUUACACUUCGACUGGUCCGACGUCUCCGUGUCGCUGCUCACCCAGUUCCAGCACCUCCGGGUCCUCGAGCUCAAAUACUUCUGGGUCUUUAAAGGGGUGACGCCCUCGACUCUGCAGACCCUCACCAAAUCCCUGCCCAACCUGAAGUCUCUGACGUUACACAUCCUGGUGCCGAUGAGGAACCUGGGCAUCUCGUACACUCUGGAGUCUCAGUCACUGGAGUACCUGGACGUGUCGCCGAGCCGUGGCCUGGUCUUCUCUCGCCUGAAGCUGCCGGCCCUGCGCGAGCUUCAAGCCAAGAAGAUCGUCCGCAGCAUCACACUGGACCGGAGGACCAGGCUGAGGAUCCAGAGCCGGUGGCCCUGCCUCUAUCACGUCCUCCGGGAGGGGACGCCGAAGCUUCAGGCCCUCAACAACGAGAGGCUGCUCCCCACGUGGAGGGAGGAGAGUUACGGGGAGCUGACCGCCAUCCUGGAACAGUCCUGUUACUGCGUUCAGCAUCUGGACAGCUGGCUGUGGUAACCGUGUGACACUGAAGCAAUAUAUUGCUUUGACACGCCAGUUUUUAUAUGAAUGUACUUAGAGGGACACAUGUAUCUGCAGAUAAAGACUCAAAGGACAGCUCAAGACAAUGAUACACUGUUUUAUUUGUACAUUUAGGUGCUUUAUGCUGAUUGCACUGCGUCAUGCUUGUCCGGAUUCAUUCCCACGAGAGCUCUGGGCUGGAAAAAUGAACAUUAAGUGUGCUGUCAGAAGAAGACGAAGUGAUGAAGUGAUAUUGAAUACAGAGGGCGUGCUCAGACAGGAGCUGGUGUAGGAUCGUCCGGCGGUCCCGUCUGUUUGUGUUCAACGCAACCGCCGUGAAACAAUCGUGGAAAUAACUUUUUAUUUUGCUAGAUUAACCGACUUUAUCGAGGCCGACGCUCGCUCACUCUCAUUUACUGUCUGUGUCGCUCAACCACUGCUAUCGGACACAAAUUAAACUUCUUCGUGGCAGUCAGACUCAGAUUAAGAAGCCAGAUACAUGAACACAACAAGUAGAGUGUCAGAGUUUAGAUAGUCUCAGUUUCAGAGACAUUUCAGGCUCGAUCUGAGCGUCUGAUUGGCAGCCUCAUCUUCUCCGCCGCAGGUCGCUGCGUUUCUUUGCGGAUACGCAUUAAUCUGACUCAAUGAAUGAAUGGAAACACCUGCACCAGAAUCCUGUCUGAAUGCACCUUUAGAUUCCUGGAGGAUGCGCCCUGUAACUUAAAAGAAAAAUGACGAGCACCACAGAGAGACAAAAGCCGCAAUAUGUUGAGAUUAAAGUCGUGAUUUCAAAAGAUAGAAACUGAGAAAAUUGUUGCUGUGUCAUGAAAGAAAAGCCGAAAAUCUCUAAAAAUCUUCGGCCUUUGCUCUCGGUGUCAGUGUGUUCUGUACUGUAAUUUAACUCUUGUUGUUAUUUUGGUUGUUUGAUUGAUUCCAGUCGUAUUUAUCCUCAGACGGUCUUCUACUGUUCUGUUCUGCUGUGGACUGCAGAGAGAUUCACAAAUGACAAGAUGCAAAAGUUGGCGCCGUAAAAAGACUUCGCACGGGACCAAAAACCUUCUCAGAAUUGAUGGGUACUGACCCUGGGUCAGUAGGACCAAGUCCUGUAGCUGGAAACCCGACCCGGUUCUGUACUGCCGCUCUGACUUGGCACAUUUUUAGACUGCCGGUAUUAAGCCGGCCUAAUUCUUAAUCGCAGACUGUGAGGAAUGCAGCUCGGCUAAAGGAGCGCUCCUUUUUUGUUUUAUUGUGUUUUUAUCGUAUGUAUUCCACGAGGUCUUAAAAUGAAGGAACUCACCAUGUCACGGUAUUUUUGCACAUUUCCAUUGCUGUCAUGGAAGCGAGUCGGCCAAACUCGAGCUGUUUCAUACGUAAAAAAAAAGUGUCACGGAUUUCAUAUUUUCAUACGUAUGAGCCUCGCAUGUUUCCUUCUGAAGGAUGAAAUCAUCAAGUGCUUCUGCAAUUAUUCUCCUAAUCAGUAGAGGUCCCUGUUCUCAAAGCUUUGACCAUGAUCUCCCUCUCUCUCUCUCUCCAAUAACCACACGAACCUGUGUUUACAAUCACCGUUUCACUCCAGCGCUCAUGUAGGAGAUGUGCGCUCGAGGGUGUUUUCAGAAUAUGUCGAUGAAUGUUUGGAGAUUUGAUUUGAUGAGUGUAUUUCGCAAGAUUCUUCAUAAAAAAACUUUAAAAUGA